AUGGCAUCGAUGAAGUUUGAUCUACCGCUGCUAGAUUACAAGACGAGAUUUGCACUGUGGCAAGUUAAGAUGCGGGCGAUUCUGGCGCAAUCUUUGGAUCUUGAUGAGGCGCUGGACGGUUUCGGAGGAAAUGGGCAAAAGUCAUGGACCGCUGAAGAGAAGUGGAAGGAUCGUAAGGCUCUGUCUCUGAUUCAAGUUCAUCUACAUAAUGAUAUUUUACAAGAAGUGCCGUAG